AUGCUCAUCAAGACGUCGUACCGGGACGUGCCCACCAAGUCCGGCAAGCCAGGGACCAUUCGGAUCUACAUCAUUGAGCCCUCGCUGCCUUCCUACCCGCAAGCCAAGUUCCCAGGCUGUGUCGUCUUCUCCGAGAUCUACCAGGUCACCGGUCCCGUUGAGCGCUUUGCGAGCAACAUCGCCUCCGAGGGGUAUAUUGUGGCGCUGCCGAGCUCGUUCCAUGAGUUUGAGGGGCCGGAGGCUAUCCCGUAUGAUACGGAGGGGACGGAUAGGGGGAACCGGUAUAAGGCGGAGAAGACUGUAGAGGCGUAUGAUGAGGAUGCUACCCUGUCGGUGGACCUCUUGAUGUCGCUGGAGAACUGCACUGGGAGAAUAGCAUCAACCGGGAUGUGCUUAGGUGGACAUUUGGCCCUGAGAUGCGCAUUCGACCCUAGGAUUCAGGCGACCUUCGGCUACUUCGCGACAGACGUACACUCCGCAACUUUGGGCGCUGGUCAGUCGGACGAUACACUAAUCAAGAUCAAGAAUGGUGAUCUGUCCGGAAAGGGCGAAAUCACGCUCGUAUUCGGAAAGCAGGACACCCACGUCGAUAGGAAGGCCCGGACACUAAUUCGAGAGACGCUAGACGAUGCGGGCGUCACAUGUACGUUCAUGGAGGUCCAGGCGCAACAUGCGUUCAUUCGAGACGAAUCCUCAAAAGGUCGCUGGGACGCAGCACUUUCCCGGUCACUGUUCGCUAUAAUGAUGGAGCAAUUCAACAGGCUGGUGGCGAGGGAUCUGGGACCGGUGAAGGGGGGUCAGGCCAAGCUGGAGCAUGUCUGCUAG